GUUGAUCAAAAUUUCAAUCUCCAGAAGCCGUUAAAGAGUGCUCAGUUGUUUAAAUCGUAAAUUUCGCAAAAUCUGCGACUGGCUCCUAUAUUUGACACAAAUAUGCACAUGAGCAUAAAAUGGGCUGCAUAAUGACGGUCAUAAAUCACGCACUUGGAUAUGCAGCCGUGCGCAAUACAAAUGAAGCACAGGUGAUAUCAUCCAAAUUUCUUAUCAGCAUAAGUACAAACAGAGCCGACGCCAAGUCGGCAAUUUUUGAAGGUCUAGCAUCGUUAGUAAAAUUGAUGCAGAGACGGAUGAUGAAUUUAUCGAUCUGUCGGAGAUGGGAGAAGCGAUAUAUGGUAAUCCUGAUUUGGAAACUACUGGAGCUUUAGUUGACGCACAUGGGCAGGAAUCAAUGGAAAAUCCUGAAGAGCUUGGCACCUACCACGAGGGCGAUAUACUAAUACCUAUGAGAUUUCGCGAGGACACACGCAAUGGGCUCUUGGCAUUGAGUACACGGUGGCCAGGCGGUGUGGUACCCUACGAAAUAAAGGGAACAUUCACGCCACAGGAGCUGGACAAUAUACAUCAUGCCUUUAAUGAGUACCACAAUAAAACCUGCAUUCGCUUUAAGCAGCGCACAGUGGAAAGAGAUUACAUAUCCAUAGUGAACGGUAAAUCUGGUUGCUGGAGCAGCAUAGGGCGCCUCGGUGGCCGGCAGGAGGUGAAUCUACAGUCACCCAACUGCCUACGCACCUACGGCACUCCCAUCCACGAACUGAUGCAUGCGCUGGGCUUUCUCCACGAACAGAAUCGCUACGAACGGGAUGACUACGUGAAGGUGCUGAGCGAGAAUGUGAAGCCCGGCAUGAUGAGCAACUUUGAGAAGGGCAGUGCCAGGACACACUCAGCAUUUGGAAUCGGGUAUGACUACGCGAGCGUCAUGCACUACUCCAGCACCAGCUUCUCGAAAAAUGGAAAGCCAACAUUAAAAGUCUUGCGCAACCAUCCUGAUGCGCGGCAACUGGGCCAAAGGCGUGGUUUCUCGCCCAGCGAUAUCCGCAAGAUAAACCUGAUGUACAAAUGCAAGAUCUGACUCUUCUAUCAUUAUUAUUAUUUUUUUACAUUUUAUUUAAACACAAAAUAUAAUAGCAUAAC